CUGAGAGGUAUGAAAUGAAAAUAUUGGUGCUAUUGAGGUCUGAAAAAUAUGCAUAGUAUGUCUCCUUGAAUGCUUCACAAAGUUGACACACAGAUACACUUUCCUAACAUAUUCAAAUUUCAUCCUGUAGGUGCUUACAACAGAAGAGCAUGGAGCAGGCUUGACUCAGCCCUCAGGGAUAGGCCAGCGUCCCUGCCCUUUAAUGUCAGAAAGGUUCAUCCAGAGCUCGAAAAGCAACCCAAAGCUUACCUGCGACACCACUGAUGACGGAUGCUCUAGGGUGCCAGGAGUCUCAGGCCAAUGUCAGAAGAAACCAUAUAGCAGUGAUAAGUCUUCACUGAGCAAAAAACAUCUCGUGGAGCAACGUCUCUCCUCCAGGAAUUUCGCCUCUUCUGUUAACUUGAACAGUCAGUUUGACAGCGCAUUCUCUUCUUCCUCAGAAAAGCACUGCACACAACAGGUGUUAUCACCACUGGACUUUUCAUCAGUCCGGUACUUCAUCAUGAAAAGUAGCAACCUGAGGAACAUAGAAAUUUCUCAGCAGAAAGGCAUCUGGUCCACUAUCCCAGGUAAUGAGACUAAACUAACCAAGGCACUGCAGGAGAAUGAAGUCAUCCUCAUCUUUUCUGUUCAAGGCUCUGGGCACUUCCAGGGAUAUGCUCGCAUGUCUUCAACUAUCUCUUACACCAAUUGCCAAGACUGGGGGUUCGGGCGAUUAGGAGGAGUCUUUAGUGUGGAGUGGAUCUGUAAAGAGAAUUUACCUUUCCAGUGCACCCAGCAUAUUCUCAACCCAUUGAACGACAACAAGAAAGUCCAAAUCAGCAGGGACGGACAGGAAUUAGAUGCCCAGGCAGGCAGACUGCUGCUGUCUCUUUGGUUCCAAACCACUGAGGGAACCAACUGCAUCUGUUAAGAAUCCCUUCCGGACAAAUGUUAUGUACACUUGAAGUAGUUGGUAUGAAUUGCACUAAAUGAACUGUAAUUUAAGACAACGGAACAGUGUUUUGGUGAUGGUUUUGAAACCUUCACGUUUUUCUUGUUUGUUUCUUCAACGUUGAAAGUUGCCUCUUCCAGGCUACCAUUAUGUUUAUAUUCUAUGUAUGCCAAAUGUACCAAUUCUUUGCAAUGGUAUGUUCAUCAAAUACAGGAAAUUGAAAUGCUGCUGUUUUAGACAUUUCUAUUUUAUGGUGGUGUUUUAGGAUUUCUACUCUGCCUUUGUAAUUGUUUAUUAAUAUUCUGUUGAGAUUGGAAUCCAAAGAAUGUUUGUCCAUUCAUUGUUUAUAUACAAUAUUAUUCACUAAAUAAACUGUUGGUUGGUUCUUAUUCA